AUGAAGCUCUCUACCCAACUCCUCCCUCUUCUCACGACUCUUACACUAGCUUCACCAAUUGAUCUCAGUCGCUCGAAUCGUCACCGACUGUUCGUAAGACAAGACAUCCAAACACCCAUCAACGCUUCUCUCCCCAAUGUCACCAUCUUCGCAACCGGUGGUACAAUCGCGUCUCAGGGCAACAGCAACACGCAGACGACCGGCUACUCAAUCGGCCUCGGGGUACAACAACUCGUAGAUGCAGUCCCCGAACUCCUCAAUAUCUCGAACAUUGCCGGCUACCAGAUCUCGAACGUGGGAUCUGGUAGCAUCAAUGAGACUAUCAGCCUGAGUCUGGCGCAUAUGAUCAAUGCUGAGUUGGCGAAAGAUGAGAUUUCGGGUGUUGUGGUUACACAUGGAACGGAUACGCUUGAGGAGACUGCGUUCUUCUUGGAGAGUACUGUUAACUCCACGAAACCUGUUAUUGUCGUUGGUGCUAUGAGACCAGCGACCGCGCUGAGUGCAGACGGACCGCUCAAUCUAUACCAAGCGGUCACACUGGCCGGAUCUCCAGCUGGAAGAAACCGAGGAACGAUGAUCGUACUCAACGACCGCAUCGGCUCUGCAUUCUACACAACCAAGAACAACGCCAACACACUCGACACAUUCUUCUCGACCGAAGCCGGACAACUCGGUGUCUUCAUUAACCAAGUUCCGUUCUUCUUCUUCGCACCCUCUGAACCCGUAGGCCGCGUAGUUUUCGACGUAACCAACGUCACUGACUUGGCCUCCGUACCAAUUCUCUACGCCCACCAGGACAUGGAUCCCAGUCUUUUCAACGCAUCCUAUGCCUCCGGCGCCCAAGGAAUCGUUUACGCCGGAGUUGGCGCAGGAGGUGUGUCGAGUAAGGCAGGUCUAGCUGCCGAAGAGCUCUACAACGCGACGGGUAUUCCGAUCGUGGCUAGCCAUCGAAGUGCAGAUGGACUCGUACCAGACGGUGGCGACUUCACUAUUGCGAGUGGGUUUUAUAAUCCGCAGAAGGCGAGGAUUCUAUUGCAGCUGGGACUGACGAUGGGAUGGGGUGAAGAUGAGAUCAGAGAGGCUUUUGCGUUGAGCUAUCCUGCGCCGUGA